AGGCGCGGCGGUUGGAGGGGAAGGUUUGCUUCGAGUCACCGCAGAGUUGUGCGGUCAUUUGCCACUUGCAGAGCCGGCGCCGACAAAGAGAGAGACACGCAGACAUGGCGAACAAACAAAUUUACUACUCGGACAAGUAUUAUGAUGACCAGUACGAAUACAGGCAUGUUAUGUUGCCCAAAGAACUUGCAAAGCAGGUACCAAAGACUCAUCUUAUGUCUGAAGACGAGUGGCGAAAGCUAGGUGUCCAGCAGUCUCUGGGCUGGGUCCACUAUAUGAUGCAUGAACCAGAACCACAUAUUCUGCUAUUCCGAAGACCCCUAUCUAAAGACCAGGAAAAAUAAAUCCUCACUUUCUGGAAUUUUCUGGACUUUUUGUAAAUAUUGUAGUAUUCAGUGAAUACAUUAAAUUGUACAAAUUCAUUCAAACCUGUAUAUGAGCUGUAUUCUAAACAGCAAUAGAGCUCAUUGUGGUACAGUGGGUUUAGACUGCUAUGAGAUGUAUUUAAAAAAAAAAGUUCUAGCAGUCGAAAUGAUGUUGGUUCCAAUCUUAAGAAAUUACAGUGCUUUGUUUACUUUCUUGUGAAUUUUUCUCUUGUGCCUUUAAAUUUUCUUUUGAUGGAAACCGUUGUGAAUAAAGUUUUGAUUGCA